AAUCUACGAUCAUCUAAUUCACAACAAAGGAAGCGACUUUUUAGGGAACAACAAUCUAACCAAUCAUCACAAUCUCUUUCGCAAUUAUACAACAAACUUCUUAAACGCUGCUAUACAUUACCAAGCACUUUCACAAUGCGGGAGGUUUCCAAAAAGAUGGCUGCUGAUAUCGCAGUAUUUGCACUUAGUAAUGUUGCAUUUUACUUUGCAUUCAAAGCGAUCAUGCGUUCUCUUGAUCCUAAUAGACAAAAACGAGCAGAUGCAAAGAAGCAGAGCGAUGAAAAGUUACACCGUCUUGGCGUUCGAGGAGAAGCAUUGAAUUUGAACGAAUACGAAGAACAGAUUGCAAGCGAAUUGAUUCUACCUUCACAAAUCAAUGUUGACUUCAACUCAAUAGGUGGAUUGGAUGGCAUAAUAAGCUCUUUACAAGAAAGCGUGAUUGCACCUCUAUGUUAUCCCGAAUUGUUUGCUAAUGCAAACGGUCGAAAUGGCCUACUUGGAGCGCCAAAAGGAGUUUUGUUGUUCGGUCCGCCAGGUACAGGAAAGACUAUGCUGGCAAAAGCUUUAGCAAAAGAGAGUGGCGCAACAUUUAUUAAUAUGCACGUUUCAACCCUUACCAACAAAUGGUUUGGCGAAUCGAAUAAAUUGGUUGCUGCUUUAUUUAGCUUGGCACGAAAGUUGCAACCGAGUAUCAUCUUUAUCGACGAAAUCGAUAGCUUUUUAAGAGAGCGUGCAACUGGCGAUCAUGAAGUGACUGGAAUGAUGAAAGCGGAGUUUAUGACACUAUGGGAUGGACUAACAUCAUCAACGGAUCGAAUCAUGGUCUUAGGCGCGACUAAUCGACCUACAGAUAUCGAUGCAGCAAUCUUGCGAAGAAUGCCAAAGCGAUAUGCUGUCCGAUUACCUGAUCCUGAUCAAAGGCGCAAAAUAUUAGAGAUCAUGCUUGCUGACGUUCGAUUGGAUAAACAAUUCAGCAUUGAUGCGGUUGUCAAAAGGACAGAAGGUUUUAGCGGAAGUGAUCUCAAAGAAAUUUGCAGAGGAGCUGCAAUGCAACCUGUUCGUGAAUUCAUACGAAGCGCUGAAGGUAGAAAGCAAAUUGAAACUGUUUCAAAUAAUCGUAAAAACGAAAUGUCCGAUUCAGCACCACACGAUCCGAUCAUUCAAGGCAAAAGCGUAGAAACACGGCCUAUACGAAACACUGACUUCUUUGUCGUUGAGAGUGUUACGGACUCUAAUUCUCGUCAUGUUCAAGAGGCCCUCGAUUGAAGAAACAUCAAUUUCUUUAUAAUAGAAUGCAAGCGAGCUAUUGUAUACUAGAAAGAGUCUUAAUCAAUUUUUCUUACAAGUCUAGAUGAUGUGAUGCAAGCAUGAAUUGUGAAGUAUACAGGUCAGAAAGUGAAAAGUCUAUAGAGAUUGAUACAAGGUUAAAGAUAGAGAUAAUGUUGAUAUGCUGAAUAAUAUGUUGAAAUU